AUGAGGGACAAGGGAGAGUGCUAUGCUGAUGAGCCCACUUUUGAUUCUUGUUCUCUUGGCAUAAGAGCAAGUCCAGCAGUGGAGGCUGGGCUCGGGCUGGGGGAGGUUAAGGCCGAAAAAUGGUUUCCAGCAACAAAAGGUGGCCCGGGCAGGAGGUGGAGCCCAGCAGACUGGGCUGGCCCUAUGGGGAGAAGAGCCCGCGCGCUGGCCCGAGGGCUGGUCCACGUGGCGUCCUCUCAGCUCUCGGAUCGCUUUUGUCCUCCAAUCCAACGGCAGCCAAUUUUUGUGCAAUAA